UGCGAGCGCUGCGGAGGCUCGGGGCCAGCCUGGCUCCGCGCUGCCCCGGCCGCUGCGGCCCCCUCAUCUCGCCCCGGGCGGGCUGGCCGCAAGCAGCCUCGACCAGGAGCCUGGGCACCAGCGCGCUGCUGUUCUCGGGUAAUGCUGCAGUGGGGCUACUACAGGUACAAGCACUAGGUAGACAUGGUGCAGCUAUUUUCAUCACUAUGGCAUAAUCCGACCACUUGUUAGGACUGCUACCCCAGUGACCAUGCGGUGCUUCCUGCUGAUGUUAGCGGCCCGCAAAUUCACAGACAAGCAUGAGUGGAUAUCAGUUGAAAAUGGUAUUGGGACUGUAGGAAUCAGCAAUUUUGCACAGGAAGCAUUAGGAGACAUCGUUUAUUGUAGUCUUCCAGAAAUUGGGACAAAGUUGAACAAACAGGAUGAGUUUGGUGCUCUGGAAAGUGUGAAGGCUGCUAGUGAACUCUAUUCUCCUCUCACGGGAGAAGUAACUGAAAUUAACGCCACCCUUGCAGAUAAUCCAGGACUCGUCAAUAAAUCUUGUUAUGAAGAUGGUUGGCUUAUCAAGAUGACUGUGGACAACCCUUCAGAACUUAACGAACUGAUGAAUGAGGACGCGUAUGAGAAAUUUAUAAAAUCCAUUGAGGACUGACCUGGAAUGCUAAAAUAAACCACUACAAAACACUUAUAUCAGCGUAGUUUGUCAUAGAUUAGUGGUGUACAGAAGGUCUGACAUUGGGCAGCUUGAAAAAAUUGCAUAUUCCAGAAAUUUUGAAUAAGAUUUCAAGACAAAUAUGCUGCCUCUGAAUCGUGUUGUACUAAAGAGCAAUCCUGUGACAAUCAGAGAUUGCAGAUAGGAAAAAAAAUGCUUAACAUUUGCUCCCUUUUGCUAGUGAUUUUUUUAGCCUAUUAAACUUAAUUAUGUAAUUUCAAAGUUUGGAAUGUCAUCUAGAGUAAAAUAUUUUUAGUUCCUAAAAAUACACACUUAAAGUGUAGCACUGUAACAUGCAACAGUCUUAGCAGCAGCAUGGUAACUGUGUUAGCUGUCCAAAUACAUUUACAUAGCUAACAGGUUGUUGUGAUACAAAAGUUGCAUCAGGUUUCAGGUGUGCAUAGCAAUAUAAUCUUUAAAAAGUUUAGUUUAGUUAAAAUUUUCUACAGAUACGGCUGUAGCCUUGCAGCAGACUAGAUAACAGAAAAUAAAAAAAAACCUGACUUUA